AAUGGAAAAUGAAUAAAUGUGUAAAAAUCACCCUAAAUAAACUCUUAGUUGGAUUUGUUUAGAAAGAAAUUGUUAAUAAAGAGUAAUGUGUUCAACUUGUGCUGUUAAAUUACAUGAUCGUAAUCACAAAUUAGAGGAAUUAAAUAAUAUUUAUGAGAAUGGAUGUUUAGCUACAUAUUUUAGUAAUAAAAAGAACUCAUCAGCAGGAUUAUUAUAAUUAAUUAAUGGUGAAUAAGAUAAUGUUUUUGAGAAUGAAUAAUAUGAUGAUUAUUUAUAAGAAGGAAUUGAAAGAUGUUUAAGAAAUGUUUCAAAAAAAAUAGAAGAAACAAAGAAUUAAUUAAUUAAAUAACAUGAGAAAUUGAAAGAAGAUAAAAUAAAUGAAAGAAUCCUUUUUAUUGAUUAAUUAAAUGAAUUAGAUCGAAAAUUGAAGACAUCUUCAAAUUUGGAAGUAGACAUUGAAUAUGCAUUUUAAUAAAUAUAAUCAUUUGCUUAAAAGAAAGAAUUGGAAAUGGCUAAUAAUAAAGAAAGUGCAAUACUUUUAAGAAAAAUUCGUUUACUUGAAUUAAUGAAAGAUAACUUUCUAAAAAUGAUAAAAUCAUAUUUUCAUAACUAAUUUACAGCUGAAUUUUGCCAUUUAUUUGAUAUGUAAAUGGAAACUUUGAAUGCUAGAGAAGUAGAUGAUGUAUAAGGAUUUUUAGAUUAUAUGGAUUCAAAAUGGAAAUAAGAUUAUCGUAACAUAUAAUUAUCAAUCGAAAAAUUUGUGGCUCGUUUGAAUGAGGGUUUAAAAUAUUGUAUAGGAAUGCCAUUAGAAAAUCCAAAGAAAUAAUUAAUAGUACGAUCUCCAAUGAGACAAUUCCCAAUUAAUAUACAAACACCAACUUAUUAGCAUUUUACAUCUCCAAAACAAGUAGAAUUCACAAAAUCUUAAGUUAUAUAUGAAGAGCCCAGUUAGAGAAAGAAUAUAAAGAUAGAACCCGUUAGUUAGAGUCUUUAAUAGUAUUAGUGAGAUAUGACGAUAGAUCAAAUAAUGAGUAUAUAAAAUAUUAAAGUACUAUUUGUUGCAUAACCAUGUAAAGAAAUCUAGAGAUCUAGAUCAUAAAGUACAAGUAUCUUUAAAGAUUAAUAAAUCAAUGGAAUCAUCUAAGGUCCACGUUAUGAUAAUAGAGGUGAAGUCAUUAAGAGAUCCAUUGUUGGAACUGUUGAUUAAUUUUAAAGAGAAGGCAAAGUAUAAUAUGAUAGUAGAGUUACUGAUGAAGAAUCUUCUAUGUUAAAAUCUUUUGUUAUUACUUAAUUCAAUAAGAAACAAAACAUCAAGAAAAAAAUAGAACCUAUUCAAUUAAGCAAGAUUUCAAAGGAAGAAAUUCUCUUGCAUAUUGAUAAAGUUCAAAACAAUAUUAAAUGUUCUUAAUCUUCUCUCAGAUCUCAAGAAGAGACUCUGCCUAUAAUUGAGAGAAAUCUAUUAACUAAAUAGAGAAGAAUCUUAGAAUCUUGUGAAGAAUAAUAAGAUAAAUGGAAUCAAUUAGAGUAGGAAUUAGCAAAUCGUUGUGAACGUUCUCAUAAUAACACUCUUAUAAGAAGAAGUCAAGGAUAUAGAGAAAAGAAAUAGUUAUUGGAUUCAUUAAAUGUUUUAUAGAAGGAACCGAAUGUUAAGGAAUGGUAUGCAAAGUUGAGAAAUUAUAAUUAAUCUAUUGAACCAUCUAUUGAGAUAAUUAAAAAUGUUAAUCAUGUAAAAAUGUAUAGCGAGAAAUUUAAGAAUAUGAUUAAUCAAAGAUUAAAUAAUAAGUAUUAUGACGCUGAUUAUCUUGUUGUUAACGGAAAUAGUAAAUUGAAAAUGGAAUCAAAAGAAGCUACAGAUUUAAUGUUUUUACCUUAAGAUAUUGUAUAAUAACAACAGAAUUAAGAUUUUAAUUACUCAAAUUAUAAUAAGCGUGAUAUUAGUCGUCGAUCUUCCUAUAGAAUUAUUUAAUUAUAGUGA